GCCCCCCUUUAGAAUAGGUGAAUCAAGUAUGUCUGUUUUUAGGUGGGAAAAAAAGUGUCAUCCAAUCCUGGUAUUUAUUUUGAUGCUCAAAGAUGACAUAAAAGCGGCAUGCCAGGGAGGAAUGUCCAUUGAGAAGGAAGAAAACAGCCCUGCACUCCUCUGUGAUUGGGACUGACUGUGUUGUUGCUGGGUGGAUGCUGCGUGAUGCUGUUGCUGCUCCUGCUCCAGCACUGUGAUGUUUCUGUUCCAGAUUGUGCUGACUCACAUUCAAGAAAAAACGAUACAUAGGCACAAUGCACUGUAACUUUUUUCCUUUCCCCCAGUAACCUCGAAAGUUUCUGUAGCUCAUGCACUAAAUGGCUGAGACAGUAGCUGUAAUACCAACAGAUGAAGAGGAGACACAAAAUAAUAGUGAUGAUGAAGAUCGAUUUCCGAAUCAUGAUACUGUUACAGUGUCCCUUGGUUGCUCUGCCAGCCCUUCGUUAGCCAGCCUUAAUGAAGACAGGGGAAGCUCAACGGUGCCAGAAAGAUUGUCUGUCCUCUCCAGCAAGGCCAUGGCCCAGGUAAAAGCCCUGACUGGCCCAGAGGUGGUUAGUGGUGGCCAGGCCCAGAGGACAGCCUCUGGGUUGGCUGAGCAUCAUCUGACAGCUGUAGAUGUAUCAUUAGGUGGUUUGUUGUACCCUGUGGUAGUCGGUAAUCUGCAGCCUGUGGACAUUGCCUCUCUGUGCUCCAAAAGCUCGAGUUCAGAAGUGCUGCAGGUCCCAGGGGUGCUCUGUGAGGAUGGCGAACCCCCACAGGCUGGGACUGACCAAAAGGACUGCUACACACAGCAGGCAGGGAGUGGCACCAAUGGCAAUACUACCUCUUGUAGUCUGGGUCAUGUGAUUUGGAUGAAGAGCAAAACAGUAAUGAAGACCUUAGAAAAUAAGAAACAAGAGGAAAAGGAGAAGUACCGCCUCCAGCUAGCUAUGUACCGACGGCUUCUGUUGUUGCGCUCCAUCAGGAGUUUGCAUAGGCAGCUGGAGCAACAGCAGGCCAGGUUGCAGGAAUGCUAUGGCACGGUAAUAAAUACCAAGAAAGAAGUGUUGAAACACAUUUACUCAGCCUCGCCCUCACCUUCGCCGUAAUCAUGUUGCUGCACGCAAAAAUGAGCUUUGCAAUGCCACCGGAGCCGCCAGCAAGCUUGCAUGCUACAGGGGCAGUGUCCUCAUACCCAAGGGUAUGUGCCCAUGUGCACUCAGAGUAGAGAGGAAACAGCAAUAGCAGCAGAGGAAGAAGAGAUGAGAGAAGGUAAAGUGUGGGCCCCUGAAUUUAUCUGGAGGAAACCAGAGCAAGAUUGAACUUGUGCAAGAAGUUGACUCCUGAUGCACACUCAAAGCCUCAAGCUGAAAUAGAUUUUUUUGGCAUAUAGGUUUGUAAAAAGAAAAAAAUCAUCACAAAACUGGGAACCUAGUCUGACACCUGAUCCAUAAAGGUGGUCAGAUGCAGGGUUGCUGCGUGCUGAAUAUGUGGUAUGAUGCAUCUCCCUUCUACUUUCAGUGUUAACAAAAUUUGAACAGAAUGAGGGUUUGUUUUCCUGCAAGAAUACCUGAAUCUAGAAAGCCAGGAUAUUUGGCUUUCUAGAUUCAGAUAUCCUUGCAGGAAACUCAGACUUGAUCUAUCUACCUAGCUGCCUGUUUUUCACAAAGCUGCUAAGGCCAUUGUACAUUUGCAACCUCUACUUUCCUUUAAAAUUUAUUCAAACUGAUCAGAAAUUAUCGUGGGAGGGCAGGACAGUCAUACACGCAGGGAAACAGUACAACUGUCUAAGCCAGAUUUCCUCAGGAGAGCAAGGUAAAAACAAAGGCCUUGUAAUCUGACGUGGCGUUGGAAACCCAGGCUGGUAGCACCAGGGGAAUGUUUGAGGUCUGCACAAUUAUUAAUCUACUGCUAACUCCCAGUAGCACUAGCAUCUGCAAAUCAAGCAUAUUUUGUGCCUUACUGCUGUCAUUUAAUGGAAGUUGGUGACAAUUAGCACUUUCUAUCCAGGUGUAUUAGACAUGUGGAAAACCCUGUAGCACUGUUUCUCCGAUUGCAAAGUUAGGAUGCCUGCAGGGAAUUUGAUGUCAGUAUGCAACAAACACACAGGGAAAAUGAAAGCAAAAAUAUGCAACUUUUUUAUGCAUUUAAAAGGCAAUAUGAGUCCCUAUUAUUGAACAGCAAAUUGAAUAGUUUUAAGAUCUGAAGCAAAAUAUGAUUCAAGAAGAAAAGGUACAAAAAAAUUUCUUUUUCUAGGAUUUAAAGUGGUAUAGAAAAAUCUCAUUCUUCAGAUGUUUAUUUCUGAUCAUGCCACCUUUUCUUUUGCAGGUGUUUUUCUCUUUUAAUAACUGUUUAAGUAGAUGAACAAUCAAAGAGUUUUUUGGUGGGUUUUGGUUUUUUUUCUGCAUUAAAAGACAAGUGUAUUAUUAAUACUCCUAUCUUUCUAGAAUUUCACAUAUAUUCUAGAAUAUAUGUGCUAUAUAUAGGAAAAUUUUUAUUCUCACCUUUUUUUUUUGGUGCAUAUGGGAAAGGGGUGUUGGUCUGUGCAUGCACACACACCUCCCUGUAUUCAAGAGGUUAUGAAAGGCUGGUGCUUCUUUUUUUUCUGUAGCAGAAGAAGGAAUAAUGUCUCAAAAUAAUCUCUGCUGUCUAUGAGGAGUUUGGUUGAUUAGAUUCACAUACACACAUCUGUGAGCAAGGUAUUGAAGUAAUUCAACAAAUGAAGUGCAGCACAACAUUGUCAUUAUUCCGUCUUUGUAUUUCUGCGCACCCAAAAUUAUGGAAGCCCCCUGGGUAUGCACAACCUUAGAUAGGUUCAUUCAUCUCCUUGGGCCCUUAUGUAGCUUCUCACGCAGCAUGAACUAGUAACUUUGAAUGCAGAAUUACCAUAGAAACAUCCUUGGCAUCAAGGAGAUAUUUGAAGGAGCAUCCUCUCUGCCUCAUUUGGGGAAUUCAGGUUGCCAGAGGCCUUUAGUGGGCUACAGAAGAGAGCUGGGGGUUGCAUGUGACUGAGAAACAUUACUCCUGAGCUCUGACCCCAUCUAGCUCUCUGCUCAGCCUUGGGAAAGCUGUUCUCUCUCAGCAGUGCAGGUUUCCCAAAGAGUGCUUAAAUACCAAACUCAUCUCAGAGGUAACCUGUUCUUUCUCAACGUGCCUCUCAAAAAAGAACGUUGAUCAUGGCCAACAGGAUUAUGUAAAAAUUCUUUUAUUUCCACACUUAUCCCACCCCCCCCGCUAUUUUGUGAGCUGCAAAAGCCUUUCUGCCAUUGGUUAAGAGUGAGUGUUAUGUGAACCAAACGCAAGCAACCCACUAUUAUGUCAUCUCUCCUGGGGAAAGAAGUGUUGGAGAAGGAUCAUAACUCAAAAAUAUUACUGCAUUUUGAAACAAAAUAUCAAAUUGUUUCCAUUAGGAAGAGAGUCAAAAUGAAUAUUGUUGUUAAUGUUGGUCAACUUCUUUUGGACUGAAAAAAAUUAUCUUCUAAAUUACAUUCAGGUUGACUAAUACUAUCAUGUAACUUUCCACUGAAAUAAAAUAAAUGAACAAAAAUAUAUUAAAAAACCCAACAAACAAAACUACAAAAACCUCUGAUAAGACAAAGUAACUGCUUUGCCUCAGUAGCUGCUGAAGUACAGUAUUGUCCUGCAUUUGUUUCAAGAAUGCCCUACAUUACUGCUUAGAGCUACCUAGAGUGUCAUUUGCAUUUAAGAGUAGCUAGAAUAACAUUAAAGAAUACUUCUCACAUAAUACCCACUGCAGCAACAGUUAGUCUGUCAACCUGUCCAAUUGUAAAUUCUUUGUGGCAGAACUGUGGCAAUCUUUGUUUUGUACAUUCCAUAAAAUUUCUUGAUCCUAACUAGGAUCAGUAGAUGCUUCAGCAUUAUGAAUAUUAAAUACUGAAAGAUUUGUGCAUGAGCAAUGCUGUCUGAUAGCUGUCAGGAAAAUGAAGCCAGGACUUAUUCUGUGCAUGUUCAUUCUUUCCAUCUAGUACAUUUAUGGAUACAUGCAAAAUAAAUGUUAACUGAGGAAAUAACGUCAGUCUUUGCAACAAUUUGCUGCUUAGCUUGUGCUUCUGGUGUGCUUCUACUAAUAAGUGAAGUUGGAGAAACCAAUUAAACACAAUAUGAUUUUUAAAAUGAGUUUGUUUUAGAAACUUGGAAAAUGUGGCUUCACAGCUAUAUUUUUUUCCUUAGAUAUUUUUGUAUGUUUUGGAAGUUGAAGGCCAGUGAGAAAGUGACAGAAUGCCAUGGGUAACUCAUGGAGGUGGUUUCAGGCACACCAGGCAGAGCAACAGUCUUAGAUUUAAUGAAAGUCUGUCCUUCCAAGUCGUUCAACCUCCUUAUGUGUUUAAGAGGUUUGGCAGUUCGGAUGAGGUUCAACUAAAUAUCUCAAAAUUUUUAUAUUUAUCUAAACUCAACUCACAUAGGUCUCACAGGUCUUGGGUACUGAUGACAAAAUAAGUAGUUUUGGGAGUGCCUUUCUCCUCGUUAUCUUUCCUGUCUUCCAGAGUCUGUCAAAAUAACGAUGUCCAUGAGAAAUCUUUUCUGCAAUUUGACAGUUAUGCUACCUACUUUUACAGCAAGCUUGAAGUUAAAUGAUGCUGCCUGAGCCUUAAAGUCUUGCUGCUCACCUAAUUCUCAAAUGGAAGACAAUAAUAAUGGGUUUACUAUGAAAGAGUGGGAUAUUUAAAACUGCUGCCCUGGAGACUCUUCAGAACUGUGGUUUUGCUGUUUUUGUUGUUGACAGUUACGAGUCAGACAAGAUCAACGGCCCACCUUAAAACGUUCAAUUAUUACCUCUUGUGAUGGAGCUGUGCAAGGGAUUAGUUCAGUUCCUCCUUCCUGAGAUUUUCUUGUGUGUCUAUCACAUUCCCUUAUCAGGACAGUGAAGAUUUUACCAAUUUAUAGUAAAUUUAUGAUACUGUGGUAAACUUAUGAGCCACGCAAUAUUAAAUGCGGAUCACCCUGCAUUGUUCUUUAAACAUUGAAAAUUAUGGACUCUGGACAUAAGCAUACAAAAGAUAGAUUUAAAGAUGAGGUUGUUUAAAUCACCCCUGGAUCAAGUAGGCUUGGGAAACCCUUUAGAGUCCUUGUUACAGUUUAUUUCCAUAAAUGUUGUAAAUCUAGAAUAUAAAUGCAUUGGAGAGCACCUUUUGUUUAUGACUGUUGAAAGAAGUGCAGUAAUGCAAAGGUGGGUUUGGGAUAUGCUUGAAUGGGACCCUGCUCCAAAUGCAAUGAGUAAGGAGUAAAUGUUCCUUACUCUUAAAGCUCACAGAUUUGGAUGAGUAUGAUUGCCAAAAACCUGGAGGAUGACUGGAUAAUGGGAGUGACUGGAACUACAGGAAAAGAUGUCUCAGAGUUUGAUUUUUAGUGCAGCAUGGAGAAUUACACACUGCACAGGUUUUUUCUUCAGUUAAAGAUGACCUUUUCUUUUUCUCGCUUCGGAAAAAAAUCUUUUGGAUCAUUAGGUUAGAUGGUGCUAAAAGUUGUUUGUGUAGCUGCAGUACAUAGGAGUUGACACCUAUCUCUGAAGUUGAGUGACAUUAGUUAUUGUUGCCAAAAUUUACACAUACAACUUACUCCUAGAACUGGUUUCUAUCUAAAUUGUAACAUACUAAAGUUGAGUGUCCUUCUGACUUUCAGUGACACUUGAAUCCAGGCCAAGAGUUUGAGGUGGUAUGCCUUGUUCAAGUCCCUUCUCAAUUUUGACUAAUUUCUAUCUCCUGGUGUCUUCAAACAAUGCCUCGUGUGGUACUAACCUUUGUCUUUCUGGCAAAAUGUUUGGAAGACUUGGGAGAAGAGGAAAAAGGCCUUCCUAUCAGUCUCUUGUGCUAUUGAAGAAAGGGGAGGUAGGUUUGUUUUUUUUUAAUUUAGUGAAAACUUAAAGCAGGGGAGGCUGUCCUGUGAAAACACUUUUGGAGGUUUCACUUAAAUGUCUUGAAAAUAACAUUUCCUAUAGCUGCAAGUAAGUUUCCUUAAUUGUAUUGUUCAUCUUUUCACACAACUUUAGCCAAGUCUACAAAACAAACAAAAAAGUUGCCUCCAUCUCUGACAAAUCAAGUCUCUAAGUCCCCAGCCCAAAGUGACUUCUGUGUGCAUGAGUGGCAAGGCAUUCUUGAGAAUCUCAAUAAAAGUUACAUUUUUCCCUUUGAUGGGUGGGGGUUGGAAAGGAAAGGGAAUGUGUGACCAUUCAUCACAGCUCCAGGCUCGUUAGUACCCAGGAACUUUCUACUCUAAAUGACAAAGAGUUUCACUGUCACCAAAGAGAAAUUGCUGCUGACCUUAGACCUCUUUUUGGAAAGUAAAAUAAUGGAGCACAGGAGCAGAGUUUGAUAUUUGACCGAAUUCUACACAAUUAUCAUGCAUGUGUAUAUAAUAAAAUUAAUUCUGUGUCUCUGCAUUGUAGCCUCCGGCAAGCAGCGUACAAUCAGUUUUGUAUGUAUAAUAGAUCACAGAGUUGUUCAUGAAUAAUACAAAUGCAUUGAGCAGAUACUA